AUAACUAUGGACACAUUAUCAAAAGAAAAUGAUAUGGAAAAAGAAAAUGCAAGCCAGCAGGCUUCUUCUUUUAAAGAAAUAAGUGAGAAAGCAAGAAGAAAGAGCACAGAAUCAAUUGAAGACAUCGAAGAUACUAUUAAGAAAGAGUCACAAACUCUUCUUAAAAGAAUUCUCGACAGUAGGACUAAGCAAUGCAAGCAUAAAGGAGGAUGUAUAGAUAAUGUUGUCAAAGGAGCAGUCAAGAGCUUUAUGCUAGGAUUUGCUACCAAAUAUUCAAUCAACCUUUUGGCAGGACUUAUGAGACCAAAAACAUUACUCAAUGCAUUAUUCUCUGCUAAAUCAAUCCUAGAUUCAGGAAGGUUCAUCCUCUUCGUUAUUAUCUUUAAUAUCUCGUACAAAAUAGUUCUUUGCACUCUAAGGAGGAUCAUUAAGAACGAAAAGUUUAAUUCAAUUGUUGCAGGAACCGUAUCAGCAUCAACCCUUGCAAUGGACACCUUCAAUAGGAGAAUGAUGAUCUCCUUGCUGUUCUUCUCAAGAUCUUUGGAAACAUUCUACAACUGGUGUGGACCUAGCUACAAGAUCUAUCUAGGUGAGACAAUCUUCUUCAUGGUCCAAUGCGUCUUUAUGAAGUACCUUUAUGCUUAUGAAUGGGAGCUAGUUCCGAAAUCCGUCGCAAAAAUUUAUAAGGCAUACUCCUUACAGAAGAAGAACGACUUACUAAUCAAAGAGAAUAUCUGGAGAGUCAUGCUUGACUCCAAGUUCAAGAGAUAAGCC